AUGGAGCUCUCCACAGUCACUACCAUCACUCACCUCCCUCGGAGUUGUUGGAGGGGAACCACCCGCCAUGGAUAUCUGGCCGUUCGUAGCAUCUCUCUCCAUCCCCUGCGAAACGUUGCAUCACUCGGUCUUCAAUCCCGAGCUUUGCGGUGUACGGGAAAGUUUCCAGGAGAAACAGUUUCCGAAGAGACAUCAACUGGAGUCAAUGAGUUUGGUGUUGAGAAGAAGCGUGACGUGGCUGUUGAAGAUAAAAACUUGAUAAGUGAAGCGGAAGCUGAAUCUGAGUCCUCUGAGCAGACUCAAGCCCUAGAGUUCUUGAAUGACAUAAAGCUGGACUCAGACAAUACAUAUUCAGUCCUGCUCUAUGGGAGUGGUGCAAUAGUUGCUCUCUACUUGACUUCUGCAAUCGUUGCUUCACUCGAAUCAAUUCCUCUGUUUCCUAAGCUGAUGGAAGUUGUUGGUCUCGGAUACACGCUCUGGUUCACUACCAGAUACUUGUUGUUUAAGAGGAACAGAGAAGAACUCAAGACGAAGAUUAGUGAAAUUAAAAAACAGGUUCUUGGGUCUGAUAGUGAUUGA